AUGCAUGAUCCCCGGGAGCCACACCUCACCGCUCUCAAGCGGAUCCUUCGCUACCUCCGCGACACCUUCAACUUCGGUCUCCUCCUUCACCGACGGUCGUCCUCCAUCGAGCUCGUCAUCUACACUGAUGCCGACUGGGCCGGGUGUCUGGACACUCGCCGCUCCACCUCCUGCUACGCCGGCUUCCUAGGCGGCAACCUAGUGUCCUGGUCGUCUAAGUACCAGCCGAUCAUCUCCCGCUCCAGUGCCGAGGCGGAGUACCGCGCAAUGAUUUCAGGUCGACUGUUCACCGACAUCUUCACCAAGGGUCUCCCGUCCUCAACCGUCACCGAGUUCCGCUACAGCCUCAACAUCACUAGUGGCUAG